AUGGCUGAAACAGCGGCACUGUCAGGUUCUCUGCUGACCAACCUCAGUGAUUCAUUCCCAUUAUAUGGCGGCGGCGCCUCAUCAUCUAGAAAGGUAAUAGUUGGUCCACAAACUGAAUUCAAUCCUGAGACUAACAAGAACAUAGUGCUCUUCCUUGAUGGAACUAGCAAUGAGUUUGGUACCAACCCCUACACAAAUGUACUUCGUCUCUUUCAAAUGACCUUGAUGGACGAAAAAAGUCAAGUGUGUUACUAUCAACCAGGUAUUGGGGCCCGAUUUGAAGCGGAAAGCGAAGACAAUGUAGUGACAAACAUGAUUGAUGAAGCCAUAGCUACAUCACUUUCACGUCAUGUCGUGGCUGCUUAUAACUAUAUUGUAUCCCAGUACAAGCCAGGUGAUAGAAUAUAUUUAUUUGGCUUUAGUCGUGGUAGUUUUACAUGCCGUGCACUUGCGGGUAUGAUAGAAAGAGUGGGGUUAUUAUAUCGUGGUCUUGAGCAUUUAACGAACCAAGCUUGGGAAUAUUAUAGUAACUGGCAAAAGGCCCAGGCUCAAGCUCAAACAGAUGACAUGAGAACUUUGUUUGAAGUAUUUGGUGAGACAUUUUGCAGACUCAAUGUUAACAUCUAUUUCAUGGGGAUUUUUGACUCUGUAAACUCUGUGGGGUUGUUGAGAGAUAAGAUGUUCCCUUAUGUGAUUCGCAGUUCCAACGUUGUUCAUACAAGACAUGCUAUCAGUCUUGAUGAACGUAGGGCAAAAUUCAAGGAAUUAUUUAUUAAAGACGCUGAAUCAAGAUUGAAGGAAGUGGAACAAGGUGGUAGCAGUAGUGAAGUUGAGGAAUCUUUCAAGGAGCUAAUGUUUUCAGGAAAUCAUGGGGAUGUGGGAGGCGGCUGGCAUACUGAUACUACGGUUGAAGGGUCUGUUCCAUCAGAUCACCCAUGGGAUAAACAAUUAAGAUAUUUAAGUGGAGUUCCUAUGAGAUGGCUCUUGAAAGAGGCCCAAACUAUGGGUGUUUUGUUUCAACCAAAGGAUAUUGAUGACUUCAACUCAAAACAAGCAAUCCAGUAUACUUUGUUUGGGUAUUGGCAUGAUAUUUUAUCCUUUAACUCUUCACCUCAAUUGAAAUUCAUUCCUAAAUCCAGUGAAUCAUUAAACACACAAGACGAAAUUGCAUCUAAGUCUAAGUUGUUUAAAUUACAGGAAAAUCCUCCCCAGAAGUUGACUCGAUUUGAUGGUCGUGGGUAUGGUACUUUGUUGAAGACCUUGUUUUGGUGGAUUUUGGAGGUGGUUCCAUUUGCAGUGAAAAAAGAUCGUGCAAGCCAAGCUGAAUUAACUGGUUUAAUUAGGGAAUGCAAUCACCACAAUCGUAAGUUUUGCUUAGUUUUCACUCCUAAUUUCGGUAAACACCGUGACAUCAAUUACACUGCUGACUAUCAUUGGAGCGUGUUCUAUCGUAUCCACUUUAUCACCAACUAUACCCCUGGUAACAUAAAAUAUAAUAAUCAAGUAUCGUUACAAGAUAAAUGGGGGUUGGGUACAAAAUUCAUUAACCUGAUGAAGGUUAAGGAAUCAGCCUUUUCUGAAGACUUGUGGGAAGAAAUUGAAGAAUUCCGUGACAAGUUAAACAAUUUGCCAACAAACUCACCAAAGGACUAUAUUCUGUUAAUCAAAAACGACAGGAGUGAAUUCUGGUUGUACUUGAUUGAUGAUUACGCAUAA